CAAGCGUUGCAUGCUUACGUAUACCGACACCUGACCGACAGGCGGCGCAAACGAGCAAACUCGACCUAAACAUUCCAGCUGUCCUCCGCUCUGUGACAACUCCACUGCUUCCUUGAUUUAUGCCUUCUUCUGUCUGAACCACGGUCAAAGAAAGGCUACACCUUAAUUGGUCUUGUCGAACGAAAGGAGAUUCCGGAAGAGAGUCAUAUAGUUGGCGGGGGUGAAAGUUUAUUACAUUGCUUUGCUUUUAAGGAGAGAGAAGAUGUAUUUUCCGGGCCAACCAGCAGCAAGUGGAGCCGCUCCUGGAACUGGUUACCAAGUGCAGGUUGUUCAAGGAGCCAUUGAGGAUCAGCAGGAUGAUGCCAUCGUAUGUCCUAUGAUUGGCCAUGAUCCUCUCUCUUCUCGCAUUGGAAACACUUUGAGCAAUAUAAUUGGAGAACAGCUGGAAGAAAAGUUUAGCAAGGAAACAGGAAAGGCGACUCUGCCAAGUGAAACAGUUGUGGUUGAGGGCCUACCUGGUCUUAAAUGUAAAGCAGUCAUCUUCCUCAACCUACUCUGCUGGGAUAAUAAUGAACAUGGAACUGCAGUCCAGGCGCUACGACAGGGAAUCAAACGGAUUCUGUCUGUCUGUAAAGUCAGAGGCUACAGUUCAGUAGCUCUGCCGGUUCUUGGGACCGGCGCUCUCUUACGCUUUCCACACAAAAUUGCUUCCACAAUUCUUCUGGAGGAGAUUGGUGUAUAUGGACAAAACCGGACCAGGAAGUCGCCCUUCCUAGUUCGGGUCAUUGUUUACCCAAAGGACAAACAAUCGAGCCAGGCUUUUAAGUGUACCCAGGGUGUGUUGCUUCAAAAAGGAUACAUAAGCCAUGUUAAUUUAGCUGAAGGUUCCUUUUACCAAUGUGUGUCUGCAGUCGAUGACGAGAUCACAGCCAUGAUCGGCACAGUCAAACUUCAGCUGGUCUGCGGCGACAUCGUAAACGCAGGAACUGAUGUCAUUGUCAACACGACCAACUUUUCUAAUCUAUGGUUUGGUGUCUCCAAAGCCAUUCUGCAAGCAGCAGGCCCAGCUGUCCAUGCUGAGUUGGUACAAGUGGGCAUUCCAGAAGACCUCAUGUGCACAACAUCAGCUGGGAAGCUUGGAUGCAAACAAAUAAUCCAUGCCAGGUUCAAGGGCAGCACCCAUAGGAUCCGUAGCACUUGCAAAAAAAUCCUGCAGCUCUGUGAGAGCAAAGGGUACGGCUCAGUGGCCUUCCCAGCCAUUAACACAGGACAGGCCGGUAUGCUCUUUGGUGAAUCUUGUAAAGCAAUGUUGGACGGCAUGGCCGUGGCUGUCAAGGAGAUGAAUCCAGAUUUUGUAUCUCUGAUCCGCAUCGUUAUCCUGGAAAAACAGGUCUUUCAGGCUUUCAGAUCCGAGCUGGAGAGUCGCUGUCAGCAGGAUGACUUUCAGAGCUGGUUCAGCUUUCUAGGGUUCUCUAAACGACCAACAAAGAAAAUACUGGACAUGUAUUUAGCAAGCUCAUCGUCUACAUCACCACAAGACCAAAUGGGUGAGCUUCCAGAGGGAGCAAAGUGGGCGAUUGAAGAUGAAAGUGGAGAAUUGCUGGAACUCUGCCUGCUUGACAAGGAAGCUGACUUGAAGAGAGAAAUGUCUUUGGAUAUGUCGACAAAGGAUGGCAAACGCUUCACAGUAAACUUAAAAACCAGAGAAGCAACAGACUGUUCGACAGGCGCAUCGUACAAAAUGAAAAAUGUGGCAGCUGAGCCUGACAAUGUGGCUUCUGCUUUGGCGCUGGAGUUACCGCCACACUGGGAACCUAUGACUGGGCAGCACUUUAAAAAGGUAGAGUUAGACCCUAAAUCGCCCGAGUAUCAGGAAGUGGCCAACAAUUUCCAUAAAACUACUUCCUACACCAUUCACAAGAUUGAGCGAGUGCAGAACGUCUACCUGUGGCACGCCUUCAGCAUCUGCCGGUACCGCAUACUUUCCAAGAACGGCGAAGCAGACCUGGGUGAAAAGUUUCUCUACCAUGGCACAUCUGCAAAAUCAUGCAAAACCAUCGAAAGAGACCGAUUCGACAGGAGUUACGCAGGACGGCAUGCUACAGCGUUCGGAAAGGGGGUGUACUUUGCUGUCAACGCAAAUUUCUCAGCCGUCCACUACUCCUUAGCAGACGAAUUGGGCCUAAAGCGACUGUACGUUGCGCGUGUUAUUACCGGCCGCUAUACAGUUGGUAAUUCCACCAUGAAAGCCCCCCCUCCUCGAGGUACAGACCCUACCGACUGCUUCGACAGCUUGGUAAACUGUCAGGUGCAGCCCACCAUCUUUGUUAUCUUCCACGACGACCAGGCCUACCCAGAGUACCUCAUCACCUUCAGCUGAGCAAAACCAAGGACACUCGGAAACAUUCACACCUUGCAAUUCGUAGUCACUGUUCACUCACUGUGACGUUCCUCUUCUCAGUGCUAGUGGUUUGAUAUAAAGUCCCACAAUUUGGGCUUCUCCAGGUCUACCUCUCAUUCACUGUUUGUAUCAAACUUUUUACCAACCUGCUCUGGAUGAUUGACUACUGGUGGGAG